AUGGUGUUGUCUUCGCAUCGCAGUCGAAGGCAGCAUUUGCAUGGUGAGGAAGGAGGUGAUGGCGGAUUGAGUCUAUCGAGGCGAAACAUUGAAAAUGAGGUCUCUGGGACGAGUUCGAGAAAAGAGGCGUGGACCAAAACGUUCUACAAGUGGUUAAUCACAAUCGAUGGGGAUGUUGAUAUCUCGAGUGAUAGGGGAUACCGGAGGAUACCAGAGGUUACGAAUUAUGCGUUCUUUUGUGGUGGAAGACUGCGGACUGUAAAGCACACGCGGCACCUUUCCGUGCUGGUUGGGAUGCUGAUAGCGGCACCGAUGGUGCUUUUUUCUGUAUUCGAAGCGAACGAGCUGUGGAAUACAGCUUAUGGGUAUAAGCCUAUGGUGUUUUUUUUCUACUAUUUCUGGGCCAUGGGGUUUUCCUUUUUCAUAAGAACGGCGACCAGCGAUCCGGGCGUACUACCAAAGAAUAUUCACCUCAGUCAAGGCUCCAACCCCGGGCAGAUCCCUCAGGAAUAUCGCAACAUCAUUCACUUGCCAACCCCAGAUACCGAGAAGAAUCCCAAUUCCAAAAUCGAACUGAAGUACUGUGUUGCCUGCAGAAUAUGGCGGCCUCCGCGCGCAUCACACUGUUCAACAUGCGGAGUGUGUGUCGAAGUUCAUGACCACCAUUGCAUCUGGGUCAACAACUGUAUUGGGAAGAGGAACUAUAGGUAUUUCAUCAUCUUUAUUUCGGGCCUUGUGUUAGCAGCCGUAUUCCUGAUCGCAAACACAAUCAUACAUAUCAGCCGCCACAAUGGCCGCGCGUCCGAGAUACCAGUCACGAUACUUUUACUGACUUAUGGAACCGUCUUUAUAUGGUACCCAGUGAUCCUGUUGCUAUAUCACAUCGCCAUGGCAGGCACUCAGCAAACGACAAGAGAAUUUCUCAAACGUGUCGAAAUGACCAAUCCUGUUUUCGCCAAGAUUACCACAAAUGAGGAUAAUCCAUUCGAUACAGGUUCUUUCCUGCGUAAUUUAGGUGGACUCAUGCUCCAAUGCAGAGGAUUAAGUUAUGUUAACACAAGAGAAAAAAACGAGCCUGGUGACUGGAGAUACAUCAAGGUUCCCCAACCGCACACUUUUGAGAGAGUGAAUUUCAGCACAACCUUGUACCCCCCUCCAUUGCCAGCAUAG